CACGAUUUUGCCCAAAAAUGUUGUUAACCUUGUUUUUCCGAAAUCUCGUGACAGCUGUCAGAUAAAAAUAAUAUGGUAUAAAUUAUUUUUUGCGAAUAAUCGAAUAAUAACCCCCUUCUCGCAUUGAUUUCGUGUAGUCUAGGAAAAAAGAGGAGUCGGUUUGCAGGUUUGCACGGUCUCUAAAUCAAAAUAAAACCUGAGAAGGAUGACAAUGGGCGAUGAGGCUCCAGUUACAUCACUUGUUCUUCCUGUAAUAUUAAGGCCUAUAUUAGCAAAGUUGGAGAGACAAAAUGUUAUGGCUGCGCAAACUUUACGAUCAGCGCUUACGAAGGCUGAGAAUUCCUAUCCUGGAUUUACAUAUGAUUUAGUUUUGGGAAUUGUGAGAAAAUCAGAUUUAAAUAUCGAUAUGAACGAAAGCGUUCUACGAUUACAGGGUACUGCUUCAGACUGUGAUGUUGUUGAAUAUCGAUCAGCGCGUUCAGAGGAUGCAUUCCAAGAGCUUAAUCGGAAGUCAACUUCCUUAAAAAGGAUAUUGAGUAGAAUUCCAGAUGAGAUAACAGACCGUAAAACCUUCCUCGAAACUAUUAAAGAAAUUGCUAGUGCAAUAAAAAAAUUGCUAGAUGCAGUAAACGAAGUCACAGGAUUUAUACCAGGAUCGGCAGGAAAACAGGCUUUAGAUCAACGUAAAAGAGAAUUCGUCAGAUACAGUAAACGCUUCAGUAAUACUCUGAAAGAAUACUUCAAAGAGGGACAGGCAAAUUCGGUUUUCAUCAGUGCAUUGUACUUAAUUCACCAGACAAAUAUGAUAAUGGUGACGGUGAAAGACAAGUGUGAAUAAGUAAAGAUUUUGGAGUAGUCCACGAUAUAAUAUUAAAAGUUUUACGAUACAUUAAACGAUGUUUUUACUUAUAAUAAAUGUUUAACAACAAUUUUACUAUUAUAUAAAGUCCGUUUUAUUUCUCAAGUGUUAAAAUUUGAUAGAGCUCAAGAUUUGACUUUUGAAAAUUUUUCGUUGUUGUAGAUUAAAUAAUUGAAUGAGCAGUAUUAAUAUUAAAGAUAAUUUUGUUCGUUUUUGUUUUUCACCUAGUGAAAAAAAGAGUGAGCCUUCACAUUCCUGAUUUUCAUAUCCAAGUCAAUUUAGUAUGUAUUGAAAUAAGGUAUUCGGUUUAAGAAGAAUAUAAUGUAUAUAAGCCUAAAGUGUUUUAAUUAAGGUUUCGAGAGUGAAAGUAAAGAGCCAAGUGACUGUUUUUUUUCUGUAAGUAGAAGAAA